ACAACAGCCGUUCCGUUCCGAAGGGAAAGAUAAAGGGAUCGGUAAAAGGAAACAGGCCACCCUCAGCCAAAAGACCAGCGGCUUCCAGCUGGGAUCCACGUGCUUGUUUGAUGCCAAAACAAAAAUUCGUGUUCAUAAAAACGCACAAAACUGGGAGUACGACCAGUGUACUCCCGUUCCAAAGAUACGCCAUCUAUCACAACCUCACAGGGCUGGUGGCUAAAGCGGGGGGUUACGUCUCCUGGCCAUUCCCUCCAGCUGAAACAGAUUAUAUCCACACCCCGGAUGAACAUUAUGACGUGCUGUUCAACCACAUGGUCUACAACAAAACGUGGCUACGGUCUAAGUUCCCUGCCAAUACAAUUUACAUCUCUCUUAUUCGAGAACCUCUUAGUCACCUGAAGUCAUGCAUGCGCUUCUACAGUCUUCCUCGACUGUUAAACAUUACGUCAUCUGCAAAUCCUGUCAAGACCUUCUUGGAAGAUCCAUGGAAAUACAGAAACCUGUCUGAGGUGUUGUUUCCCUACUGUAAUGUAACGUGGGACGGCACCAGGAACCACAUGGCCUUCGACUUAGGAUACCCUACAGAAGGAGCUGAGGAUCUGGAAGCAGCAGAAAGAUACAUCGAAGAAUUGGAAAACGACUUCACGUUAGUCAUGCUGACGGAGCACCUAGACGAGUCUUUCGUUCUCCUUAGACGCCUGAUGUGCUGGGAGAUACAAGACGUCUUGUAUGACUGCAUUAAACCAAAGAACAAUAGGUCUUACUCGUAUAAAUCCUAUAUCCCCACCCCUGAGGAACUGGCAAACCUUCGGAAAUGGAAGGCCGUGGAUUACCGUCUGUAUGAAACGUUCAACAAGUCCUUCUGGCAGAAAAUUGCAGCACAGGGUCCAGAUUUCUUCCGGGAGCUUGACUACUUUAGGCAAAUCAAAAUGAACGUCAGCCUCUACUGCCAUGGAGACCAAGGAAGAAGCGCUGUCUCUACACUCACUGUGAAAGCUUCCACGUGGAGUCCACAGUUUAUCGUUGAUCAUACAUAUUGCAGGCGAAUGCUGGCCGAGGUGCAAGAUGGCAUUUAG